AUGGUAACGCUGAAUCAUCAAAAUUUCUGGCAGCCAACACCGAAUUCCCCGCGAAGGUGCUCUUCUGUUGGUUCGGAAACUCAGACCAUAGUUAUAACAGAGCAACUGAACACCUCAAGAGAAAGCUGCGAAGCAGGCGGCCACAGCCCGAAGAACAAUGUGCCAGAAGAAGAGGGCAGAGUAAUGAAUUUCGCAUCGGAAACUGACCGGCUCUCUCGACCUGUUUCGCCUGACGCCUAUCCCGAUGACGCACCAGCCGCCGAUAGUUACCCCAAUUACCCCGAGGAGGUUGCGCUUUAUCCUUCCUCCCGAGUCAGUAGUACGGCUUCUGUGACUGGCCUAGAUGGGCCUGGAACAACGAGAGUCUUCGAUGUUUUUGAAGAUGAUCACAUGCAAUUUACUCCAAGUCGAAGGAAGCGUGCCUUGGGGGACCCAAGUAUCCCUUCCCCGAAACGACGCCGGUACCCGACUUCAACUACCAUCAAUGCGACUAAAUCACGAGGAAGACGAACGAGUCAAUCAGAAGCCGAAAGUUCGUCAUUUCAUAGCGAAGAGGACUACGCAGACAAUCAUCUAGUCGGGCUCGGGAAUGCGAUCAGGUAUCUGAAACGUUUCUACAGCCUAAGUACUGCCGAGGCCAAGUUCUCUGAUGAUCUUGCCGAUGCCGAUAUUCUCAAAGAAAAUCUUGCGGUAAUCCAACUUGCAACUAAAACAUUGCAGCACGCAUAUGGUAUCAUUGCAACAAACACCCUAUCAAUAGCGAAUCCUAUUCGACAAGCUACGACCGUACAAGCACGGCAAACUACCACGCGUGAGAAGUGGUCUCCUGAGGAUGAUCGUCGUUUGCUCGAUUUGAGAGAUAGUCAAAAAUGGCCAUGGGGCCGUAUCCACGAUACAUUUCCCGGAAGAACUCUGAACGCAGUCAAACAACGUCAUUCCGGGCUCUCAAAGCAAUCCAAGAGCCCCUCAAGCAAAGAUAAUCACUCAAGCUCCUCCGGUCGACGUGAAAACUGCACCCAGAAUGUCCGAAGAAGCCAAAGGCUGGGUCGACAUCAUCAACUCAGAAUACAAGGAGCGAUGCCGGGCGCCAUCGAAGGUACACCUCGCGAGCUGUGA